GUGGUGCUGGACAGGACAUGUCGAGCUAUGUUGCGAUGGCGGCCGCGCGUGGUGCGAUGUGCUAUUCAAAGUCCACUGCCAGGGCUUAAGUUGAGAGCCGCAUCCCAGCAAGGUUUCGCUGCGCGUGUGUCUGAUGUCAAUGAUAUUCAAGCUUGCCCCCGGGAAACGCACAAGUCGAGCGCAUGGUGGGGCUUGCUGAUGUCGACCUGCGCUGACGAGUUUGCCAAGCGGGGCAUCCCCUAUUUCGUGUUGCAGAGUGAGAGGUUGUCCCAGGACUUCCACGGGUUUUUACUACGCAAAAAACUUCCGGCGGGUCCGGCCGGAGUGUCUGGGGUGCCCCCUGCAAUUUUUGAGGCAGCGGUGGCCUUUGUUUACGAGAAAUAUGGAAAGAAGUUGGCAUCGCUGCGCCGGGCCAAGGCCUUGGCGGACCUGCAGCGCCCGGAGUCAUGGUCGGCCUUUUCAGGUGCCCGCCAGUUACGGCGGCGCUGGUUUCUACACAUGGGAGCGACAAACUCGGGGAAGACGCACGAAGCCUUGAAACAUCUCUUCAACGCCCGGACCGGGAUCUACCUGGCGCCCUUGCGGCUGCUGGCGUGGGAAGUCUUCGAGCGCAUGCGCUCUGCGGGGCUGCAUUGCGCACUGCGCACGGGUCAGGAGCAGCUGGGCCCAGAUGACGCCUCUCAUGUGGCCUGCACCAUUGAAAUGGCGCCCCUUAAGGGAAGAACUUUGCGUGACCCAAGUGAGCCAAGUGUGUGGGAGGUGGCGGUGGUGGAUGAGGCCCAGCUGGUCAGUGACCCAAACCGAGGCGCCGCCUGGACCCGGGCGCUGUUGGGGCUCAAAGCCAUGGCGCUUCACCUUUGCGGGUCCCCGUCAGACGGCUUGGAGCAGCUCUUCCAGGCGAUGGCCACAGCCUGCGGGGACGCAUUGAAAGUGAGGCGCUUUGAACGUCUUGCGCCGCUUCUAUUUGACGAAGCGCCGGUGGAGCUUUCGUCUCUGCAGGCCGAGGACUGCUUAUUGUGCUUCAGCCGCGUGGAAGUCCUAGCGGCGAAAAAGCAGCUGGAAGGCUUGGGCUUCCGUGUGGCCGUGAUCUACGGAGGUCUGCCGCCAGAAGUGCGACAGCACCAGGCAAGGCUCUUCAACGCCCAAGAGGCCGAGGUUUUGGUCGCCUCCGACGCCAUCGGCCUGGGUCUGAAUUUGCGGAUUCGGCGAGUCAUCUUCGCGUCCUUCCAGAAGUUUGAUGGCGAGCAGCGGCGUUUUCUGUCGGCCUCGGAGCUGCGGCAGCUGGCGGGGCGCGCUGGCCGGGGCCGGCGCCCGGGGCACGUGGCAGCGGCGAAAAGCGCAGAGAGCGACGUGGCGCGGCUCCGGGACGCACUUGAGGCAUCUGUGGACGAGCGUCAGGGCACGGAGGUCCAAGCUGCAUUGUUGCCGCUGCCAGAACAUCUUGAAGCUUUCAGCCAGUGCUUGGAGAGGGACUUGGGAGCUUUGCCUUUCGCAGAACUUGUGGAACGGUUCCUGGCUGUUGCCGACGUUUCCCCACUCUACAUGCUGGCGCAGGCGAAGACUGUGAUUCGCUUAGCGCACUUUUUGGAAGACAUCCGCUUACAUCCCAGCGAGAAAUAUGUGUUCUGCCAAGCGCCGAUCAGCCCCGACAUGGCGGCAAUGACGGCGCUUCAUGGCUUCGCGCGGGACUUUGUGUCUGGAGCUGUUGUUUUUCCUGAUCUGGCCGGCGUGGAUGGCACGCACGGCAUGGACGGCGUGGACAUGGGAGAGAGCGAGUUGGCGCGGAAAGUUCUUGAGCUAGAGAAUCUGCACAAGGUGUGUGACACCUACCUCUGGCUAGCCUCAAGAUUCCCUUCAGCGUUUGUGGAUGCGCCAAUGGCAGAGAAGGUGCGACGCCAUGUGUCCCUGAAGAUCUCCAAAGCAUUGAGACCACGCUGAAAGCGGAAGCCGCCGUUUCUCAUUGUCUCUUGCUACGGCUGGUGAACUCGUGAAUUACACAGAGCGAGAGACCGAGAAAUGAUGAAGAGAGAUUGAAGAUGCAUGGAAUCAAGCCAUUCACUUCAUCUCUUCACACUCCCAAGUAGAACUGCAAGGCCCAUCUCGACCGAAU